AUGUAUAUUGUAUUUGUCUGCAACUAUAUGUGUCCCUUUGUUUUUCAAGGUGAUUCAGCUGAAGAGAUUGACUUGAGUGUGGUUCAUCAGGCAGCAGCUAAUGGUGAUGUCAACACACUAACUGCAGUGAUCCGUGAAGAUCCUUCUAUAUUAGAAUACUGUGACAAUGAAGGCUGCACACCCCUGAUGCAUGCUGUUUCAGGUCGUCAAGUUGAUACAGUGAAAUUACUACUGAAGAUGGGAGCAAAUAUAAAUACCCAAGAUGCCUGUGGAAGGACAGCCCUCUCUCUAGCAACAUAUCUGGGAUGGCUAGAGGGUUGUGUUAGUCUGCUCAGGAAUGGUGCCAAACAGAACAUACCUGAUAAAAAUGGACGGCUUCCUUUACAUGCAGCCACUGCUGAAGCAGAUGUCAGACUUUUAACUGUACUUCUACAACAGUCAACACUUAGUGAAAUUAACCAUCAGGACAAUGAGGGGAUGACUUCACUCCAUUGGGCUGCAUUCCAUAAUCGACCACAACAUGCACAAAACCUACUGCAGAAGGGAGCGGAUCCUACCCUCGUAGACAAGGACUUCAAAACCGCACUUCACUGGGCAGUUCAGAGUGGAAACAGGACUCUGUGUUCAAUUAUUCUAGAUCAUCACCAGGGUCAGUCCACAAUCAACUAUGAUGAUGAAAAUGGAAAGACGUGUAUGCACAUAGCAGCCGCCGCAGGCUACAGCGAUAUUAUCUGUGAACUUGCCAGAGUCCCCGAGUGCAACUUACAGGCGCUUGAUGUUGAUGACAGGACUCCUUUACACUGGGCCGCAGCAGCAGGAAAAUCUGAUUGUGUUCAGACACUCCUGAAACUAGGUGUUGAUCUUAAUCCUAGAGACAUCAAUGAAAAUACACCUCUAACAUAUGCUAUGUACUGUGGACAUACGUUGUGCAUCAAACUGUUAUCGCAGGAAAACAGUAGGCCUGAUCCAUUCCAGCCAUUUGUAUCACCAGAUACUAAAGCAAUGAGAAAAGAGGGGCGACUCACUGUUCUAAAUCAGAUAUUUUCUUGCAAGAAGAAAAAGAUAGAUGAACAAAUGCAUCAAAAAGACAAACUCAGGUAUAACAGAGAAGAGACCUCAGAGGUUGAUGACAUUAUCACAACUUUUGAUUGUAUUCUGGACACAAAUUGCAAAGAUCUAACAGAUGAAAGAGUGACCUCAGUGAACUGCAAGAAAAGAAAUUUGGAGUCACAAAAGUACUUGCUACCAGAAAAUAAGCAGAACUGCAAAGGUCUUCCACCAAUAAGAACACAAAGUCUCCCACCAAUAACUCUUGGACAUACGUUCUUAACAGCAUCACAAAGCAUCACAUCAAACAUCACACCAAAUAACUCUUUUCAUUUUGCACAUAGAUCUCAGAAAAGUAAAAGUGAGCAUGAUCUAUUUGAUCAUCCAGUUAGUUGUCAGGCUUUGAAAAACAAUCCUUGGAAUAUAGCUGCAAACCAAAUAUUGUCUCAUAAAGCAUGGACUUCUCCUCCUCCAGACAAGGUCAUCAACCAUGUUCUACCUAAAAAAACUAACCAUAAAGAACUUCUAUGUCCUCUAAAUGCCCCUCACAUGGAAAAUACAUAUUCAGGUCAUCUCUCAAAUCAAUUCUCCCAGGAAAAGCCAAGAAUGAAAGAACUACAACUAACUAGGAAUAUCUUAUCUCCAAUACCGGAUCACUGUGUUAAGAAAAUUCAGUUGCCAUCUGGGCAAAUCUGUCAGGGUGUCAAAAAGUCAAUGUCUCUGCCUUUAAAUUCCAUUACUAGUGGAACUACUCUGUCACCUUUAAUUAUCUCUAAGUCUCAGAGCCACUCAUUAUACUCUUUCCUACCUGUUUUACGAAGAGAACCUCUGAGGACAACACGUGUUUUGCCAGCUAUUCCAAGCCAGAAGGAGCUCAGUACAACAGAAAGCCUUAUGAAAUCUCCCAAUACAUUAGACACUAAUGACUAA